AUGUUGUGUCGGGCGGUACUCUCUGCGGUGGCCAUCACAUGUACGUUUUGUCGUGAAAUAAUUGCGCAACCAAAUCCUCUGGACGAUCAACGUAUAGUCCAGAUAAAAGAUCUAAUAUGCGUGUUGUGGUUAAGUGGUCUGCAAAAGGAAGAUUUAGAUUUAAACAUGUUGAGAAAAUUAGAGCGACACAAAUUAAAUAUUGAUGAUAUGAACAAUGAAACCCUUCGACAAGAAUGUAUUACACCGAAUAUUUCAAAAGCAACGAAUCUAACACAAAAUGAAAAUGAAGAAACAACAAUAUCGUCGCCUAAUUUAAACGACCGUAAGUUGGUAAUAUAUUAUUUUUACUAAUAUUACAAAGUGGUAAAAGCACUCUGUUUCUCACACUUUUUUAUGUAAUAAAAAUAACAAUA